AUGGCUCCUCCAAUGCCGAAAUGGGUUGUUGACCUCAACAACGGCGUCCCUUCUAGACCCAAGAAUAUAUCCAGCAUCCCAGAUCCUCCCGGCUUUUCAGGCUCCAGGGCCGCGGUUGGGAAACAGAAGUCGCAACCUCCUGGACGAAAACCCCCGACCCCCGAAGAAACAGAAACACUCAAACUCAAGAAAGCGUGGGAGGUUGCACUUGGGCCUGCGAAGCAACUUCCCAUGCAAGCUAUUAUGGGCUACAUGUCGGGCAAUUCGCUCCAGAUAUUUUCCAUUAUGAUGGUGUUUAUGCUGUCAGUAUGCCAUUCUUACUUUGCGGUCGUCGAUCCUGAUAAUUCCUUUCAGUUUCAAGAACCCUAUCCAGGCUAUCUCGCAGACAAACACACAGUUCGCCAAAUUCGAGAGCGCUGGUAA